CGUGAACUUCUCUGUAGAUUUCUUUCAAAGAAAUACAUACAAUUGUAUUCCUUAUCAAUAAAUUAAUAUCGAGAGGAUCUACUUACCUUCUGUGGUCUGGAAGGAGCAGUUCCGUGCCUCGCGCUAAGAACAGAAAGAAGCAGCCUGCAGUACGCGGCACUGUGUCGCAGCUUCCGAGGCCACCUCUCACCAAGAUAACGACGAACGACCAGCUACCAUUUCACAGCAAAGCGACUCUUAGACUCAGAGGCUCAUGUUCCGUUAUUCAUGAGUAGUGCGAUCAUAGUGUUUCUUCAAUAGGGACCCGCCUCCUCGGGGAUCGUUCACGAUGCGGCUCUUCAAUACGCCGCAGGAUAGGUUACAAAGAAGUUUGGGAAGCCGGUUGCUGAAAUGGACACUUUCGAUAUCGAUGAUGGCUUCGACGACUCUCGCACAGAGUCAGGCGGACUACUUCGUCCAUUCGUUGCCUGGAGCACCUGCGGGACCGUUGCUGAAGAUGCAUGCUGGGCAUAUCGAUCUUGGAAUGCAGCACAACGAGCAUUUGUUCUUUUGGCAUUUUCAGAAUCGACACAUUGGAGAUAGACAGAGAACUGUGAUCUGGGUGAAUGGUGGUCCUGGAUGCAGUUCAGAAGAUGGUGCUUUGAUGGAAAUUGGUCCAUACCGUGUUGGACCAAAUGGAGUUCUCGAACUUAAGGAUGGAUCUUGGGAUGAAUUUGCAAACGUAAUGUUUGUUGAUAAUCCCGUUGGAACCGGAUACAGUUACGUUGAUACAGACUCCUAUGUCCACGAGCUCCCGGAAAUGGCCAACCAGUUUGUCACUUUCCUCGAAAAGUGGUUCGCUCUGUUUCCAGAAUACGAGCAUGACGAUCUAUAUCUUGCUGGAGAAUCCUACGCCGGACAACACAUUCCCUACAUCGCAAAGGCUAUAUUAGAUCGCAAUAAGGCUGGGGCAGCACAUCAAUGGCAAUUGAAAGGAAUGCUCAUUGGUAAUGGCUGGAUCUCACCAGAAGAACAAUACAAAGCAUAUCUCUCAUUCGCAUAUGAGAAAGGACUUGUCACGCAUGGGUCUGAGUCGGCGAAGAGGAUUGAAACCCAACAAGCAGUUUGCUUGAAAGCUCUGGCAGAAACUGGCGGGAAAGAUAAAGUUGAUAUCGGCGUCUGUGAGCAGAUAUUACAGGAUAUCUUGAGAGAAACCAUCACAGCAGACCAACAAUGCUUCAAUAUGUACGAUGUAAGGUUGAAGGAUUCAUAUCCCAGCUGUGGAAUGAAUUGGCCUCCGGAUUUGGUCGAUGUUACUCCGUAUCUUCGUCGAAAGGAUGUUAUCGAAGCAUUACAUGUCUCGCCGGGAAAGCGAACAGGUUGGACUGAAUGCAACGGAGCUGUUGGAAGCGCCUUCAGAGCCGCAAACUCUAAGCCUUCGAUUCAACUUUUACCCGAUCUCAUUGCAGAAGUACCCACUGUCCUAUUCUCAGGAGCAGAAGAUCUCAUUUGCAAUCAUAUUGGAACAGAAGAGCUGAUUAGCAACAUGCAAUGGAAUGGAGGAAAGGGUUUUGAAGUGUCUCCGGGCACCUGGGCUCCAAGAAGAUCCUGGACAUUUGAAGGAAAGCCCGCAGGCUUUUGGCAAGAGGCGAGGAACUUGACAUAUGUCCUGUUCUAUAAUUCCUCCCACAUGGUCCCCUUCGACUACGCAAGACGGUCACGCGACAUGCUCGAUCGUUUCAUGGGCGUUGAUAUUGGUAGCAUUGGUGGAACACCAUCAGACAGCCGCAUCGAUGGUGAGAAAGGUCUUGAGACCUCUGUUGGUGGCCACCCCAAUAGCACUGCUGCUGAAGAGGCCGAGGCGGCAAAACUUGAAGCUGCUAAAUGGUCUGCUUAUUACAAGUCGGGAGAAGUUGUCCUUGUCAUCGUCAUUAUUGCAGCAGCAGCUUGGGGGUAUUACAUCUGGAAGGAUCGCCGCCAAAGAAAGGGAUACAGGGGCCUUUUCGGAGGCGACGCCCCUAUGUCACUUGGAGGAGCCCGGGAAACUACUAGGAGCGGUAUGGGCUUGGAGAGUUUUAGAAACAAGAGGGCUACCCGUGAUGUGGAAGCAGCAGAUUUUGAUGAGAGCGAGUUAGACGAGCUGCACGUACGAACACCUACCGAAGACAUGGAUCGGGAUCGUUACAGUGUGGGGAGCGCAAGCGAUGACGAGGCUGGAGAGAAGCAUGGAAACGGCCACGUAGGUGGCAAAGGAAGGCAGGGUGAGAAGAGCUAAUAGCAUUUACACAUCGGGCGUGGCGUUUCAAGCAGUUUCAAUGUACUUGAAUCAAAUACGAAUCUGUAGCCAUAUGCUAGGUCCACAUCACAUAAUCAUGUCUGGG